AUGGCCAAGCGUUCCGACUCGUGGAAGGCCUCCCAACUUGAAAAGAAAAGAAAAGCUCGCUGUGAACUACGUCUGGAGCGGGGAUACAAUGCAAAAGCCCAUCAACAGAAAGAUGCUGAACGAACCGGGGGCAGAGCUUCAAUGAAGACUAAAAAUAAAUAUAAAGAAAAGGUUAAUAAGUACGCGGAAUUUCUUAUCAAGGAGAAGGACAUGCCCGAAGGCUAUAAGGUUGGAAAGGGACACCCGACUCCGACACUUGAGGAACUCAAAGAGUUUUUCCGUUGGGUCAUCAAUUCUACGGAGGGCAGAAUUGCGCCUAAUGGACGACCAACCAUGCACACAAUGUUAGUCUGGGCCCAAGAGUUCGUCCCGGGAUUCUCCCUUGUAACUGGAAAGGAGAUUUCUUCCCGUGAUCGAGCUGACCUCUACUAUUGGAUUGAACAUGAUUUGGUCGAAGAGGGAGUACUCUCAGCGAUCAGGAAGCCAAAAUAUAACUUCAAACUAAGAGAUUUUGAACGUGCCAUCCUUGCUUUCUGGUCUACUGACGACCCAUUCUUCAUGUCUGGGAGGUACCGUGUCCAAUUCCAUUUCAUUACACUUCAAUUCCUAUGCACUGGUGCUAGAAUAUCCUCCUUCACUCCUACAUCACCUGACAAAGUUGGACGAGGACUCCGUUACAAGAAUAUUGAACUUGUAUUAUUUCAUGCUGACAAUGCCCCUUGGAGGAUUGGAUGGCGGCUUGACCAGCAGUUCAUUAAAAAUAACAAUGACCCUGAGAAUACAGUGUUUGGCACUGCCAUCUGGGACUGUGAUAAACCCAUUUAUUCUGGAGCACUUUAUCUCCUAGCUCUUGCCCUUGCAGACAAUGCUCUCUAUGGGUUUUCAACUCCUGAAGAAGUCUUCGAGCAAAGAAUUCCAGAGGGGCAGGAUGAACUGGUUCUCAGAUGGAAUGAAGAAGCUGAGGAUCGAUGCAUUGUCAGAGGAGUCACUGCAGAAGGGGUCAGUGAGGACCCGUUAACAAAGGAAACAUAUUGA